AUGCCAUCGCCAUCGUGUUCGGUGCUCCUGAACAGAAUUGUGGAGACGCUGUUCCCAAGUCAACCGGAAUUUCGCCGAAACUCUGAACAAUGGGAAGGAGGAAUAAUCCCGAAGAUCACCAGAGAAGAGCUGAUGGAGGCCUGCAAGAGAGUGGGAAACUCCAAAGCUCCAGGGCUGGAUGGAAUCCCGAACAUUGCGCUGAAACUGGCCAUUAACACGAUGCCAGAGCACAACGAGUGCCUCAGAGAGGGCAUCUUUCCUGCUAUGUGGAAGCAGCAGAGGCUGGUAUUGCUCCUAAAAGCGAAUAAACCACCGGACGAACCUUCAUCGUACCGUCCUCUUUGCAUGCUCGAUACUGCUGGCAAGAUUCUCGAGCGCCUCAUCCACCAGAGGAUAGACGCUGCCGUGGAACCUGCGCUUGUUGGAAACCAAUAUGGUUUCCGGAAAAGUCGGUCCACAGUUGAUGCCAUCAACCUUGCUGUCGAAACCGCAAGGAAAGCGAUUGCAGGGGAACGAUGGCUGAAUGGCACCAAGGAGUAUUGCCUGGGGGUGACGCUGGACAUCAAGAACGCCUUCAACUCAGCUCGAUGGGACUGCAUUAUGGAGGCUCAUGCCAGACUAAACGUAUUAGGCUACUUGCAGAGGAUGGUCAGUAGCUAUUUUAGCAGAAGGGUCCUGAAGUAUGACACGGAGACUGGGCCCAAAAAGUACAAAGUGACAGGAGGAGUACCUCAAGGUUCAGUCCUGGAUCCCCUCUUGUGGAACAUCAUAUAUGAUGGGCUGCUGAAGCUGAAACUUCCCCAGCGAACCAAGCUUGUGGCAGUCGCAGAUGACGUGGCCGUGGUCAUCGUCAGGAAACAUCUGGAGGACAUGAAGCGUGUCUUCAGUAUAACCUUCGAGAAGAUCCGCUGCUGGAUGGAUUCCGUUGGACUGAGCCUAGCGGAAGAGAAGACGGAAGCCGUAUUGAUCACCUGCAGGAAGAAGAUCGAGACGAUUACGCUGCAAGUCAGGUGUUGUGAAAUCACCUCCCAGCCACCCAUACGAUAUCUGCAGGUGAUGAUCCGAUGCGCGACUGAACUUCAAGCAGCAAGCGGAGUACGUGGAAGCCAAGGCAUCUGGUGUGAGAUCCACCUUGUCAUGCCUUAUGCCAAACAUCGAGGAACCCAAGCAGAGAAGAGGAGCACUUUUGUCUUCAGUGAUUACUUCGGUCCGCACAUAUGGGGAAAUGUCCUACAACUGCAGGAAGCAUGA